UCUAAAAAAAUUAAUCAUAUUUUUGCACGGAGUAAUUAUAGGUCGAAGAAACAUGCUUGUAUAAUUGUGGGAGGGGGGAUGCUUGUUGGUAAAGCAAAUGCAUGUUAGUAGUUUCUUUCUUUGCUUCUUGAUAGACACUAAUAUUUGUGCUGCUGAGAUUCAUUCCUUUCCUUUUCAUUUCAUUGGAACAAAAUCAGAAUCAGAAAAGUGGUUGGUUUGCAAUGGAUUCGAGUUCAGGGCAGCAAGAAUUCGAUUAUAUGUUCAAAUUGUUAAUGAUUGGGGAUUCUGGUGUUGGCAAAAGUAGUCUUCUUCUCAGAUUCACCUCUGAUGAUUUUGAUGAUCUCUCUCCCACCAUUGGUGUUGAUUUUAAGGUCAAAUAUGUCACGAUAGAGGGUAAAAAGCUUAAGCUUGCCAUUUGGGAUACUGCUGGUCAGGAGAGAUUUAGAACACUGACAAGUUCUUACUACAGAGGGGCUCAAGGAAUCAUCAUGGUUUAUGACGUAACACGGCGAGAAACAUUUACAAAUCUCUCUGAAAUAUGGGCAAAGGAAAUAGACCUUUAUUCAACAAAUCAAGACUGCAUGAAGAUGCUUGUUGGAAACAAAGUAGAUAAGGAGGGUGAUAGAGUUGUGACAAAGAAAGAGGGAAUAGACUUUGCUAGGGAGUAUGGUUGCCUAUUUAUUGAAUGCAGUGCUAAAACUCGAGUAAAUGUGCAGCAAUGCUUUGAAGAGCUUGUUUUGAAGGUUCUUGAUACACCUAGCCUUUUAGCCGAGGGCUCUAAGGGAGUAAAAAAGAACAUUUUUAAGGACAAACCUCAGUCUGAUGCAUCCGCCAGCGGUUGUUGCUGAAGCUAUUUCACUCGGAAGCUGCAUUUCAAGAAUCACGGUCUCCAAGAGAAGGGCAUUGUGUCCAUUUUCAUGGAUUUCUAACAUAAUUUGCUGGUUAUUUUAGCAUAUGCAGAAGCCAUUUCCAGUUUUUUAGGUUCCAACUUCCUGUUUUGUCUUGAAUAUGUAGAUGUAAUAUAGUGACGACGGUCGUCUGCAAUUUCUUGAGACUUCUUGUUUUUCUUUUAGUCGAACAUUAAUUUCAUGUGAAGACCUGUAAAGAUGUGCUCCGAGUGUUGAUGUUGCCGAGCUUGAGCAAAAUAGUAAAAGCAAGCACGAAAGAUAAUCAAAUAAUAAGAUUUGAACAUAUUGGACAAGUCUCUUGUCAUCUUAAUGUGCUCUAAUUUUAAGAGUUUGUAUUUAUUUACUCACAUAAGCACUUGUGAGAAGGGAUAGAGCUUCUAAUAUUUCUAGUGCAGAGCUUUUUUAUGAUA